AUGUAUUGGGAUAAAACUACUACUGCUGCAAAGUUGAAAAAGCCAAUGGGAAUCCUUUUACUGUUUGUGGAUGGUGAGGGAUUAAAGUAUGCAACACUUUGUCGUUUCUGGGUGAAAUUGAAUAGGUGGCAUCGAGGCAAAAAGACUGGGGACUUUUUAUUAUAUUUUAGAGACGUUUAUCGCUAUAUCAAUUACUGUUCUCGGCGUAUUGCUGAAGAACAAGAGGAACAUCCAGACGAUUACGAAGAUCGAGAGCCCACAGCCGAAGAAAUCCAACAAGCACUUGCUCAAUAUGCCCAAGACUAUGAGCAAGAAGAGAAGCGUGUAGCUGUCUCUUUGCAUUAUCAAGGUUGCUUAGACCCGAGCACCUUUUCUGACGAAGACUCUAAACUUCUAUUUAGAUUUACACCAUCUGAGGUAUAA